AUGUUAAUAAUCAUAUUAUUGUUUUAAUCCUGUAGGACUUAAUGUUACAAUAAUUCAUUGAUUAAUGUGGAUUAAUAGACUUAUUACUACAGUAUAGAUUGCCAACCUCCUACUUCAUUAGAGCUUAAUUGUUCAUCAUUAUCUAGUUAUGUAGAGAUCAAUGUCGACUCAUCGAUUUCUUGGAAUUUAUCUAGUUUUAUUACAAAUUGUGGUGGCGUAAAAAUAAAUACAUCCUAAAUUGAGAUUGGAAAUAUACAUAGCAAUCAAAAGAAAGCUGGAUUUAUUGAGAACAAAUAUAUAAUAAUUGUAGCAUCUUAAGACUAUUCAUUUUUUGCAAAUGCGUAAAUUAAUAUGAAGAAUUAUUUACUUGCAUUCUUUCUUAAUAGCACUCAAAAUUCUACAAUUCACAAAUUAAAUGCUACUUCUAAUAAGAUGCUGUUUGUGUUUAAUAAUUCUGUGACUUUUGAAGACUCAAAUUUUUUGAUGACGACAUAAACUUGUACAAAUAAUGUGAAUAUAUUACCAGGAAUGAUUAGUAUUUUCAAUGUCAAUUUCGAGUCUAUCGAAGAUUAUUUAUUGCACAAUUAAUUUAUCAAUUUAUAGCAACCUACUCGUUUUACUGCUUUCUUUCAAGUUUCUAACUACACCUUCUUUGUUUUUAGCAACUCUUCUUUAACAUUAAUAAACUCUUAAGUGAUUGCAAGUCAAAUAGGAGUAUUAAAUAAUGGCACCAUAAUUUUGGAAAACAGCAACUUAAAUACUUCGUUUUCUGGUUGUUACAUCAAUUAGGGGAAUGCAAGAGGUCCUGAGUUCAUUAAUUAUAAUCAAAAGUGUUUUGCAAAUGGUGGUUCCAACUCUGGAUAUGGAGGAAUUGGAUUGAAUAUUGGGGACUCUUAUUUAAAUGAUUGCAUAUUUUUAACUAAUUCAACUAGGUUCAUGUUUGAUUUAUAUCCAUAUGGUUAUUUGCUAACUAAUCUUUAUCAAGGAUCAGGUGGCAGCUCUGUAAACCUCAUUGAAUUAGUGAAAGAAUUUGGAACUGUUUCCAAAAAUCUAUUAUAUGGAUUUGGUGGAGGUUCCAUAUUUAUAUAUGCAAAUCAAUCAGUAAGCAUGAGUCAUUCACAGUUGCUUGCUAAUGGAUCGCCAGGAUAUGUUGAUUCAGAGACUAAUUAUAGUAUUGGUGGAGGUGCAGGAGGAUCGAUUAAAAUAUAUUCCACUUAAAUUAUUAGCGAUCUGACAAGUAAUAUUUCCAUACAAGGAGGAGAUAGCGAUUCUAAAGGUUUAGUUGGUGAAGGAGGUGGAGGAGUAUUUUAAUUCAAGUGUUUAACAACUCCUUUGAAUAUUAAUCAAGCUCAAAAUUUAUCCUCUUACUGUUCAAGUAGCUCUUAUAAUGGAAACAUCCUAAAUGGACCUGGUUUAAGAUAUAAAUAACUAGGAGCAGGGUUAAUUGGAUAAUAAGGAAAUCUAAUUGAACCUUUGUGUCCCCCUGGUUAUAGAAUCUCCAAUUUCUAAUGUGUGCUCUGUAAUCAGUAAUAAUACUCUAUUUGGUGGAGUUCAUAAUGUGUACCUUGUCCAUCUACCUAUGGGAAAUUUUCUUAAGAUAAUACAUUUUGUAAUUAAGCACCAAGUUGUUAAACUGCAGAUUGCUGUAUUGAAGAUUUUAAAAUUCUAAGGAAUACUGGAAUUUAAUUGGUAGUUUUUAUGCUGCUGAUCAUUAUUGGUUAUGCAUUAAGAAGAUAAUACAAAAAGAAAGAUUCUACUACCGAAAAAAACUUUAAUUUUGAAAAUGCCACCAAAGAAAUCAUAGCAGAUAAGAUAAUCACUGAGAGUUUGUAGGAAACUGAUCAGUUUGUAUUAGGAGAUCUAAUGUAUCAUGCACAUAGAAUACCAGUCAUAGGUAAUAAUACUUUUCUUAAUCCGUGGUUUUUGCAUUCUGAACCCCCAGUUGAAAUAGAUAAGGCAGUAAAUAAAGAAGAGUAUGAAAAGUUUGCAAAGAAUUUCAAUGAGAUUGCAGCUUGGAGUAAGACAAAAUAUAUUAUUUUAAAUUUCUUGGCUAUAUUAUAUUAUCCAUUAUAUUGGGGUUGGCAAACGAAAAUUAAAAAGGAUAAGUAUAAAUCAUUAGCUGCUUUACUAAAUAAAAAUGAAAUACCAAAAUUCUGGAAAUAAUCAUCGGAUCAAACUUAUGGUAGAUUCAAAAUGACUAAAAGUGCAGAUUACACUCUUCUAUAUAUCGAUAUAUUUAAUUAUAAGAAUUGUGAUCUUAAAUACAUUUAUCUAACCUGCCCCUUCAUUAUUUAUCUGUCUGGUGAAGGUAAUUAUUUACGACCAUUUUAUUUAUGUGAAUCAGACUAGUUUUUAGUCUCUCUCUUCUUUGCUGUCAAUUAAACAAAAAAUUCUAUUUAAAAUAGAUAAAAUAUAUUGACUAAUCUUGUCUGUAAAGAUGAGAGAGAAGAAAACUCCAAAGAGAUCAGAAGAUUCUUAAAGAAAUUCAAUAAAGUAGCUAUGACUUUGGAUUUAGGAGCACUAGAUUCGAAUUUCAUAUCAAAUUUUAAAAGAUUAUUUGAUUUAUUAGAGAAAUGGAAUAACUAAUUCUUUAACAAUCAUGAUGUAAAAUUGCAAUUAUUAGUUGCUCAAUUUCCAUUUGAUUCUCAACAUCAAUCAUCCACAAUCACAUUGAUUGAAAUGAAAUAGGAAGCUUAAUUCAAAGAGUUUAUGAGAGAACUUCAUAAGAAUCUGAUCUUUUAAAAAUUACAGGAUGUUAAAUUUGGGGUGUUUAUUUUUAAUACGGAAUAAGAUCCUGCCGAAGUUGAUUAGCAACUGAAAAAUCAGAAACUCAGUUUUAAUGAUAUUGAGGAUUUUUCUAUUAGAAAUAUCGAAUAUGACUAUGAUGAUGAGAAUUCAAUUGAUGUAGAAUUGUUGAGAGAAUAAUUUCUAUCUAAAAGUACCGACAAAGAUCACCUAUAGAUGGGACACACUAAACAUUAAUUCAAAUAAAUAACCAAGAAGUAAAGUCAAAGACCGAAUUCUUUUUCAAAGACUUAUCAUCUAAUCAUAAGAAUCUUUGAUUAUAUCAGAUUCCAAUCAUUUUCUCAUAAACGGACCUUUUUAGAUAAGUAUACGCUGAUCAUCAUGAUUUGUAUACUAAUCUUAAUAGAUAAUUUCUUGUUACAAAGCAUUUUAAGUUUGAUCAUAGAGAAGUAUCAUCAAAUGAGAAAUUCUGAAAAUCAUUCCAAAGAAGAUAUCAUAAUUUUAUAAUUAAUUUUAUUCCCUUAUCCACUCACUAUAAUACUAUCCAAUUUAUUUGAAUCAAUUUGGAUACCAAGUCAAUCUUAUGGUAUUUUGAAAUUGUAUUUGAUCUUUAAUGCCAUGGCCACAUUUCAAUACUUUGUCAGUUUGUUAAUCUUUGUUUGUAAUCCCAAAUAACAAAUAUGCAUUCAAGAUACCUUGACCUUUUUGUCAUUUCUAAUAAAGAUCACACUAAAUCAAUUAAGUGAGAGAUUAAUACCUAUGAGCACCAAAUUGAAUUAAUUGAGCAAUGAAAAAUAAAUGUGA